CGGCGUCCAUUCGAAUAGCUUCUGCUAGCCAGUGCUGGAGAGCUUCGAACCAACGGUGACUAGCUGAUCGGCUUGACAGUAGUUCAUGGCGUGAGAGAAGUCAAUUUUGUGACCAAGAAAGGCUUUGAACUCGAAACGAUGCAGGACGCAGACAGGCAGCUCAAAGAUGCGGCGGAGGGCAUGGACGAGGCAUGUCGCUGUCUGACGCUGGUCGGUGGGAACCUCGCAGGUUUACUCCAGGAUCUGAAUGGUGCUCCAGAGUGCCUGGCGCUGUUCCAGCCUGACAUUGCAAGGCUCGAAACUGAGGCCAAAACCCUCACCCGGAAUUUGGAAGACCUACUCACUGCUCGUGCAUCGCAACUCAAAACAAUAGCAGAUAUGGCGGACAGAUGCAAUGAGCUGGAAGAGCUUAGGAGCAAGGUUCUGGCCCUACAACACGAGAAAGAGAAAGCCUGUGCCCAGUUGGAUAUCAUUCAAGGCGACAAUGUAAGGCUAAGAUCCCAGUUAACACACCAAAGUACCUUCUGUGCUUCACUUGGAUCUGUACUGGGCACCCUUGUAUGGAAGGCAUCGAGGGUUCCCCCAGUUGUGGACCUUCUUCUGUCUGGUAACAAGGCUGCAGAUUUUUUAUGCAUUGUGAGUGGGACUCUGGAAUCAUUUCUUGAGACUUUCAACACUGAGAUGCCAGGACCAUCAGCUGAUGAAAGCCAAUUCAUCAUGGCCAUGGGGGGCAUUGUCACCAACAUGGCUGCAGCCCCAGCAGGGAGACAGUUUCUUGUUAGCGACCCAAAUGGACGAGAAUUAAUUUUACAAAUUAUCAGAAUCUUGCCUGUGAUUCCAACUCCCUCUGGAAACUGCCUGAAGAGGUUGCUACUGAUGGCACUCUACAAUGUAAGCAUAAACCAAGCAGGGCUCAGUUUACUUCAUGAAGAUGGUGAAGGAGCAAUUUUCUCAGUUGCUUCAAAUUGUUUAAAGCCAGAGUCCACAAGCGAACUUCGAAUAAUGGCACUGAGGCUACUACAGUCUUUGACUUGUGAUAUAUCAAACCCAUCACUUCUGUCCCAGGUGCCAAAACAAUUAAUUAUGGAAAUGGCCAAUUCUGAAGACCAAGAACUUAAAUCUCUGGCCAUUGCAGUGAGUGAGAACAUGCAGAAGGCACAAGAAAGAGUAAAGCAAGCAGCUGUCAGAAAUGGACAUUUACCAGGGUUUUCAGGCAAGACACAGCAUGUGGAGGAUCUUGCAAAGGAGAACAUACCAACAAUGGCAUCUCCACAAACCACAGCUUGGCGACUGCCAACACACCCCUGAUCUUACAGUACAACUUUGAAUUGAGCCUAACUAUGUUGCAGUUUGCUAGGAACAGCAGAUUUGACUUACCUUAAAAAAUUUAAACACUUCCUGGAGGAAUUACAUCAUACUUGUCUGUGCUUCCGCCAGCCUCCAAAAUUUGUGAAAGCAAUCGAGCAGGGGAAUUUUUUUUGCUAACUACAAGCUGACGAUUUUGAUCCUUGCCAUAGCUGAGACUUCUUAAAUUAAACCUCCUAGCAAUACUGCAAUGAAAAUGAAAUUCCAUAUAUAAAUAAAAUUAUAGAAAUGUUUUAGUAUAAAAAUAAUAAUAAAAAUUUGUACAUUGCACUCA